AUGUUCAAAGUAACAGGAUUACGCAACCUCUUGCUGAUAAAACAAGGUUUCCGAGGUCAGUCUGCUACUCGUUGUGGAUUCUCAGUUUCCCAUAAUAGCUACUUUAAUUAUCCUGUAAGAAAGUAUGCUACUUACAGGAGAUUUAAUGGAACUAAUGGGCCUACAUUACAAGACGUUUUGAAGAGCAGAAAAACGGUCUAUGUUGGAUUAUCAUUGGUUGGCUUUUACCUUUAUAAUCAAGAUGAAGCGCCGUACACUCAUAGAAGGCGAUUCUUAUGGAUUCCAUAUUGGCUAGAGACAAAAAUUGGAGAUUAUUCUUAUAGACAAAUAUUGUAUCAAUAUAAUAACCAGAUACUUCCGGAAAACAAUCCAUUAUAUGGAAGAGUGAGCAAUGUGAUGAAUAAGCUUUUGACUUCUGCGUUACUGGGAACUAUGGAUGAGAAGCAAAAGCGCCACUUACAAAGUUUAGGUUGGAGAAUUCAUAUAAUAGAGGUCGAUCCAAGGAAGGUUCCACCUAACGCAUUCGUUUUACCAAAUGGAAAGAUAUUUAUCUUUUCAUCAAUAUUACCCAUCUGUGAGAACGAUGAUGGGUUGGCAACGGUCUUGUCUCAUGAAUUAUCUCACCAAUUGGCGCAUCAUUCCUCAGAACAGCUUUCUUCACAACCAUUUUAUGUCUUUCUUUCGACAUUUUUAUAUGCCUUAACUGGGAUCUCUUGGUUUAAUGAUUUGCUUAUUGCGGGUGUUUUGCAAAUGCCAGCAUCGAGAGAAAUGGAAUCUGAAGCUGAUCACAUUGGCUGUGAAUUAAUGGCUAAGCUGUGCUUCAAUUUAAACGAAGCAGUUCAAUUCUGGCAAAGGAUGAACGCAUAUGAGGAACAAAUGAAAAGACAACAGAACUUAAGAGAGGGAUAUUUCCAAGAGUUUUUCUCUACACACCCUGCCACGUCUAAGAGAAUAAAAGACAUUCAAUCUUGGUUACCGCAGCUCAAGACUAUUGAAGAAUCGUCCGGAUGCCAUGAAUAUCAAUUUGGGGAAUUCUCUAAAUCUUACAAUAACUAUUUUCGAAGAUGA